AUGUUACAAACGGGUAAGCGUCUCUCUGGUGACACUUUCGUCAUCCUGAUUUGCUUUUCCUUGGCGUUGGCCAACUGCUUUUCUGGAUAUGAUACUGCCUCUGCCGCUGCCGUCGUCUCAGACGAGAGAUUCGUCAACGAGUGGAACUUCACAACUGCUGAAUUGGGAGCCUUCGGUGUGCUCAUCAAUGUCGGCAAUUGUCUUGCAUACCUCGGCCCGCUCAUCUGGCUCAACAAGCGUUUCGGACGUAAGAUCACUAUGACUCUGGGCAACUUCACCCUGCUGGUGGGCGUUGCUCUAGUUGCUGGUGCCCAAACUGUUGGCAUGCUUCUCUUCGGAAGAAUUCUUUGCGGUAUGGGCGUCUCCCUUUGCCAAGGAUGCUUUGCUGGUUGGGCAGCAGAAUUGGCAUCACCACGGACGCGAGGUGCAGCUGUCUGCAUCGUACAAGUCUCUUACAACUUUGGAGUCUUCAUUGCCUUCUGGGUAUCCCUGGGCACGACCAAGAUCCCAGGCACCAAUGCCUGGCGCACCGUCAUCGCUCUCCAAACCAUCUUCGGUGUCGCAUUGUUCUUCUCGACCCUUUGGGCGCCUGAAUCGCCACGUAUGCUGUUUUCACUGGCCAAAGACCCUGCAAACAAUGAUGAUGCUCAAGUCGUCAAGGCUCACAAGAAUCUGGCUUACAUUCGAAGGCUGGACGAGACCGACCCUGUUCUGAUGCAAGAAUUCAGCGAGCUGCAAGCUGCUGCCAUCCUCUUGAGGAGGGACAAGGCCGAGUACAGCCUCAAGGCCGUCGUCUCUACCAGGAGCUUUUGGCGACGCUGCGCGAUUGGCGCAGGGUCAUGUGUUUUUGCGCAAUUGACUGGUGUUGCUGGUCUGAUGCUCUACGGUGUCAUCGUCUUCGAAUCCCUUGAUCUUGGAGGAAGUAGUCUUUCCCUGAUCACCAACGGUGUCAGCGGCUCCAUUCAACUCGUGGCCUGCUUCUGUGCCAUUUUCCUUGUCGACCGUAUCGGUCGACGUCGCCUUAUGAUCGUCGGUCUCUGCGUCGCCUGCGUGGGCUACUUGUUCCUCGGCGCGCUUUUCGAGCGUUGGCCAGAUGCCAGCAACAAAGGCGCUGGUGGUUGGCUCGUCGUGUGCAUCUUCGCCAUCCAAUGCUCCUAUGCUGGCGCACUUGGCCCUGUCGCGUAUCUUUUAGCGACGGAGGUAUGGCCUCAGGAGCUGCGAGAGUUCGGCAUUUCGAUCUCGCUGCUGAGUCUCUUCGUCACUGUGAUCGUCAUCAACCAGUUGUGGCCAGUCUUGACUGAGGUGAUCACCUUCCGUCUCUACUGGAUCUUCUUGGCCAUCAACGUCAUCACCCUGGCACUUACGUACCUCUUCUGGCCAGAGACCAAGGGUCGCUCGCUGGACGAAAUGGAUUCCCUCUUCGGCGAGCUGGACAUCGCCCAAAAGGCAAGAGAGGAGGUCGGCGUCAGCGGCCAUGUUGGCAGCGGGUCUGAUGUUCCCGGUGGCCGUAUCGUAGAUGCAGAGCCGCUCGUCGCCGAUGUUGGGGCGCUCAAGGCGGACGCUGAUGUCGAGAAGGCAAUCGGCAAAAAGUAG